AUGAAAUAUAAAAUAAAAAAACCUUCAAAACAGACACUAUCCGAUAAAAUCGCAGAUUCCUUAACUUUAAAACCACGAGCGGAUAUUGAAGAUGAUCACAUAUUCGGAUCGAAACCUAAUACGGUUUCACGUGUUGAUUAUAGUUCUUCAGACGAAGAUGACGCUACUAUUAGUGACUUUAGGAAGCAAAACAUUAACUUACUUAGCGAUAUAAGUAAAAAAUAUGAAGGUGAAGUGGUUUCAAAGAAGGAUAGUGAAGAAGAAGCGGAAGACUCUUUGGAAGAUAGUGAAAACGACAUCCAUGGAAGUAAUGAGCACAGUAAACAGCCGUCAGACGAAGGAGAUGAAAGUGAUGAUUACAGCAUAACAAAGUUUCAAAAACAACUGCAAAGUGAUUCCGAUGCAGAACCAUCUAAUAGUGGGACUGAUGACGGUUCUGAUAAUGAUGAUGACGGAGGAGAAGGAUAUGAUAUAAGUCAACUUGAAGAGCCCAUAAAAGAAAAUUUUGAGCACAUUAAAAAACAGGAUGUUUCAGAGGAAGCAAAGAAAGGCAUAUGUGUAAGGAACCAAUUAUUGUUAUGGGAAGGACUUUUGGAAAUGAGGAUACAUCUACAACGAUGCAUAAAUACUGCUAAUAUGAUGCCAAUGAAUGAUAUAUAUGAAAAGAUGAAGAAUAAAAAUGAUUUUGUUGAGGAGAGCAAUGCAACAAUUAGAAACGUUUCAACUCUCUUAGAAAAAUUUAUAACACUUCAGAAUCUAAUGCUAAGCAAAUUUCCUGAAACAAAAGCUUUAUCUGCUAAUGCAAAGCUGGUCACUAAUGGAAAACAAAAGAAUGAAGAGAGUGAUGAAGAAAUUCCAAGUGAUACAGAUAAUGAAGAAAUUCCAUCUGACACAGAAUCAGAAAAAUCUAUUGGUAAUAAUAAAAUAAAUGAAGCAAUAAUGAAAAAGGUACCUAAAAAACGUAAACUUGAGGACUUUGAAAAGGAGAUUGUAACUGCUCAUAAGAAAUUCAAGCAAUUUAGAGAUUCCACCAUACAAAAAUGGAAUGAAAAGACUAGAAUUGCCACAGCGGCAAAUAUCAAAACUGCACCAACAAAUACUAUCCUUCAACAGAUAUCUUUCAUUCUCUCUGAUCGAGAAAAACUUAUUAAGAGAACCCAGCUUAAGCGAUCUGAAUAUGAAAUCAUUGGCUAUAAGAAGGAAGAAUCCAAAGAAGUCUCUGAAAUAAACCCCACAACUAAAAAUAGAAAAGAUGAUGAUGAAUACAUUAUGGAAAUAUUUGAUGACAGUGAUUUCUACCAUCAACUUUUAAGAGAAUUGAUUGAAUGUAAAUCAGCUGAUAUUACAGAUCCUGUACAGUUAAGUCGUCAGUGGAUAUCAUUGCAGCAAAUGAGAAGUAAAAUGAAAAGAAAGGUGGACACAAAAGCUACUAAGGGGAGAAAGAUCAAAUAUGUUGUACAUAACCCAUUGGUCAGUUAUAUGGCAUCGGAGAAAGGGACAAAGUGGAAUGAUGAAAGUACUAAUGAAUUAUAUAGUUCACUAUUUGGUAAAUUGUUUGAACAUAACAAUGUUGGGCUAAAUGUUGAUUUAGAUAAUAAUAAAUGA